AUGUUGCACAUUUUGAAAAAAGCGUUUUCAAGUGUGCCUGUAGAAUUUCAUGUUAGCCCCAAAUUUUCGAAAAUCGAGAAUGCAGCUCAAUUAGUUUCUCUAAAAUUCCCUGGUAAUAUUAUUUAUGUAAAUGAAGAAAAUGCUGAAAAAUAUAAUAAGGAUAUUUUAAAAUAUUUUAACAAUAAUAUUCUAGGGUUUGAUACUGAAUUUAUGAUUAACUUUGAUGAAAAUUGUAAUAAUUAUGAAUAUUUGUCAAAAAAUCGAAAAAAAAAAGCGAUAGAAGAAAUAUCAAAUAUAAUAUUAAAUAAAGAGACAAAUAAAAGAAUAACUAAUUUAAUUUCAGAUCAAGUAUGUAUAAAAAAAAGUAAGAACACAAACUUUAAUAAUAAAUAUGUUGAGAUAUCAAACGAAAAUACUGAUUAUAAUGUCGACACUUACAUAAAUGCUACUAAAAAAGGAUGUACAGUUAAGGAUAAAUUUAAAUCUAUACAAACAAAUGGCUAUAUUGAUAAGUCAAGAAAAAUUAUAGAAAAUAAAAAACUAUGCUUAAUUCAAUUGUGUUCAAAUGAUAUAUGUUUUGUUUUUAAUAUUAAUAAUUUAAAUGGAGAAAUUCCUUUGUCUGUUAAAACAGUUUUAGAAAAUAAAAAAAUAAUUAAAGUGUGUCAUGAUAUAAAAAAUGAUCAAGAUAUGUUUUUAAGUAAAAAUAUAAAAAUUAAUAAUGUAUUUGAUUUAUAUAAUUAUUCUAUUGAUAAUUAUAUAUAUCCACCUUCUUUACAAAAUUUAGUAAAAAAAUAUUUAAAAAAACAUUUAGACAAAGAAUAUAGAUUAUCAAAUUGGUUAUGUAAAAAUCUAAAUGAAGAACAGAUCAUGUAUGCAGCUAACGAUUCCUAUGCUUCAAGAGAAGUUUACAUAUCUUUAGAAAAACAAAAUAAAAUUGACCAAUCUUUUUUUAUUAAUUUGAAUAAUGAAAAUUGCUAUGUUAAACAUAAUGAGGUUAAUAAAAUUUGCUUAAAUGAAAAUCCAGAAUAUGAAAAAUUAUCUUCAAAAAAUAAAAUUGUCCAAAAUGACAUAAACCACGAAAUGAUAAACUAUAAAAAUAAUGCCAUAUUUAAUAAAUCGUUACAAAAUGAAAAAGCUAGCCAAUGUUUGCAGUUGGAAAAAACAUUUGACGAUAAAACGAAAAACGAAAGUGGCAAAAUUGGUGAAGCCCCAAAAGAAAGUGACCAACUUUGUGAAGCCCCAAAAGAAAGUGACCAACUUUGUGAAGCCCCAAAAGAAAGUGGCCAACUUUGUGAAGCGCAAAAAGGGUAUGGAUAUAUAGAAAAAGAUAAAUUAUAUAUUAUUAACAAUUUAAAAAAUAAAAUAAAAGUUACUUGUUCAAAAAUUAAUAAUAUUUCUUUUGUGGAAGAAAUGCAUUAUUCAAAUGGGUCGUAUAAAAUUAUUUUGGGUUUAAAGAAUGUUGAAAAUAAUAGUUAUUUAAUUAAGUUGCAUUCUUGGAACUAUGAUCAUGAGAUAAAAUGCUGCAAUGAAAUUUUAAGCUAUAUUCAAAAUAUGACUACAAUUUAA